AGGAGGAGAGAAUAGACAGACUCAGAGAGACGGAGGAGAGAGAGAGAGAGAGAGAGAGAGAGAGAGAGAGAGGGAGAUACAUCAUGGCCAUGUUGAAGAGGGCGCAGCUGUUCGAAAGCGCAAGCAGCCGCGCGCGUCUCACCUCGACGUGGUCACGGAGCGCCGCACGCGCCGAAGCCGCAAGCCAGACGACGAGCGACGCCGACGCGCGCGAGCCGCCGACGCCGACACCGACCGCGCGCGCGACACAAUGAGGCUCCGCCGCACGUUGAACGCCGAACUCGGCGCUGCGCUCACGGCAAGCAGUCAGGUGUUUUGGGGGGCGAUUUUUUUUCCAAUGCUUAUUUUUAUUUUUAUUUUGGUGAAUUCGAGCAAUAGCGAUCGCAGGGAUAUGCGGCGUCUCCGGUAAACAAAGAAACACCGGGAGGUGGGGGGUGUAGGCCAUGCUCAGAUACCGGGAACGCAAAAUGACGCUUUUGUAGGAUAAGAUAAAUACAAAUAAAAUAGUAUUGCAUACAUACUUUGGGAUGUGCACGUGAACUAGAAAUAAGACGGACACGCCAGCAGGACACAGCCGGCUAUAAUGGACUAUAAGCGUCCUAUAAUUAAUUCAUAGACUUAUAAUAGUGUUCAUAAUAUAAUUCCUGGUUUUAUGCACGUGAGAUUUACACGUGCUUUCUUUAUUUUUUAAUCAUUUUCUUUUUUAUUCUAGAUUUGAGAUAUACUGUAGGUUAUUAUAGGACAGGUAGAAUAGACUGUAGGUGUAAUAACUGUUCAUUAUACAUUAUUAACAUGAGGGAUCACUGGAGAUCCUCGUAAUCACUGAGAUCAGCAUUAUUUUAGGCUUAUAACGCCGUAAUAGAUGAUAUACAGCGUUUCGCGUGGAUUAAGGGUUUGUUUAUUUAUUUAUUUAUUGAGUUAUAUCUGAGAGUAAUUAGGCCUGUUGCUGAUACUCAGAAGGUCGCUGGGUAGGUAGAAUAGACAACAAGUCAAGCAAGAGUCGAUGUCCUCCGUGGACAUGGAUGUCGGCCGGCAGGAGAUCGAGGCGCUCCAGGACUCACCGGGAAAACCGGGAGCCGAGGAGCCGCUCGCCGCAUCUCCGCAGUCUCCCGGGGAGAACCAGCGCAGCUCGGGAGUGAAGAAACACCACCACAAACACAACCUGAAACACCGCUACGAGCUGCUGGAGACGCUGGGCAGAGGCACGUACGGCAAAGUCAAGAAGGCCAUCGAGAGGCAUUCAGGCAGGGUGGUUGCUAUUAAGUCGAUUAAGAAGGACAAAAUCAAGGACGAGCAGGACAUGGUACACAUCCGUCGGGAGAUCGAGAUCAUGUCGUCCCUACGCCACCCUCACAUCAUUUCUAUAUAUGAAGUAUUUGAGAAUAAGGACAAGAUUGUGAUCGUAAUGGAGUACGCCAGUAAGGGGGAGUUGUACGACUACAUCAGUGAGCGCCGGCGACUUUCCGAAAGAGAGACGCGCCACUUCUUCAGGCAGAUCGUGUCUGCAGUGCACUACUGCCAUAAGAAUGGUGUGGUGCAUAGGGACCUGAAGCUGGAAAAUGUGCUCCUGGAUGAGAACUGUAAUAUAAAGAUUGCCGACUUUGGCUUGUCCAAUCUGUACCAUAAGGACAAGCUCUUACAGACGUUUUGUGGAAGCCCACUGUACGCAUCCCCAGAGAUCGUCAACGGAAGGCCUUAUCGUGGCCCCGAGGUGGAUAGCUGGGCGCUGGGAGUGCUGCUCUACACUCUGGUCUACGGUACGAUGCCGUUUGAUGGGGGAAACCACAAGAACCUCAUCCGCCAAAUAAGCAACGGUGAAUACAAAGAACCGACCCAGUCAUCAGAUGCUCGUGGUCUGAUCCGCUGGAUGCUUAUGGUAAAUCCUGAGCGGCGGGCUACAGUGGAGGACAUUGCCAAUCACUGGUGGGUGAAUUGGGGUUGGAAGAAUAGUGUGUGUGACUGCGAGAGCCAACGUGACAUGGGUUCCCCCAUGCUGGCUCGCCUUAUCGAUUGGCAGAGCCGCACUGAGCCACGAGUAGCCAAGGGACCCCGUCCCGAACCACUUUCACUCAUCCGUCAACGACCUAAAAAGAGCAAAAAGGAGAAUGAUGGAAGGAUGCCCCACUGUGACGAGGAUGACAACCUGGGUCUUAAGCGACCAAAGGGAAUACUUAAGACUCGGCCUUCCGAAGAGCAGCAGUCACCCAGCCCAGCGGACAUAGAGCUACUGCCUGCCCUUGAGGGUGCAGAAAAUGAGGAGGGGUCUCCAGGUGACCAAGAGGAAGAAGAGCCUACAUUCACGGGAGGCCUGCUGGCCAAGAUGGCACCUGUUCUCCCAAAGAAGGGCAUCCUGAAAAACAAGCAACAACGGGAAUCAGGGUACUACUCUUCACCAGAGCGCAGUGAGUCCUCUGACCUGCUAAGCGGCAGCAGUAUCACACCCCUUGGUGCCAGCUCACCACCUAAACGCGCAGUGGGGAGGAAGGGCAUCCUAAAGCGCAAUGGAAAGUACUCCACCUAUAGUGCCACACCAUCUGUGGCUGCCCUCGGAGAGACUCCAUCUGGUGAUGCAGGUUUAUGGCGUAGCCAGAGUCGGCCAUCCAGCAUCGUGGGGGAAGACUGCAGCGUCCUGACCAACAGCUCCUUCAGUGGGGCAGAGUGGCCCCAAAUUGGCCCGAGGCCCAACAUUCGAGGCUGUGCAUCAGCUGAAAAUAUACUCCAGCUGGUCAACUUUAAAGGGUUACAGGCAGCUCCAGCUCUUCAUGGAGGGAAGUUUGGUCGAGGGGCUCACAGCUCACCUGGGGACAACAGCAGCUUCUCCUUGCUGGGAGACCUAGAUGAUGUAACACAGGUAUACCAGCAAGCCCUGGACAUCAGCAGCAACCUGGUAUAGAGAGAGAGAGAGAAAAAGACGGGAAGAGGGCGAUCUAGAGAGAAGGCUGAGAGAAUUUAUGCGGAAGUGUUUGUUUUGUGUAUCUCUGACGACCAGUUGCAGUGCUGGGAUAAUCUGACUGAGAGGCUUGCAUGGAUUGAAUUGAGGAGGUUAUACACUGCCAAACACACACAAUGUAAGACUUGAGGUUUGUGAAGUAGGGAAAAUCGAUUGUUAGUCCUCUAGUGCCCUCGACCCUCCUGAAAAUCAGUGAUGAGUUCAAAUGUUUACACGUUGAGCAAAAAGUGAGUUAAAAAAUCACACAUAGACACCCUACAGCGGGAGGGGGGAGGGCUCCGAAUCAGAACAAAGAGCCGAGCUAUGUUUACAAAAGCACCUUAACUCACACAGAGCACAUGUUGUGAUCUUUACUUCCUAUGAAAAAAGAAAAAGAAAACCAGGGUCUUGCUCAAAAUGAACUGUCAGUGUCGUUUAUUUAUUAAUAUUAUUUUUUUUUUUGCGUAGAUUUAACGAUACAAAACCGGUGUGGUCUGACUGUACUGGAAGAACUUUGUCUCUCCCGAAACUCAGAUGGAACUGACAUAUAUAAUGGCUAUGUUUUUUGAUUAGUUCUUAGAAAGAAAAAAAAAAUCCCUGCCUACGUAAGGCAAUCAUAUAUGACAGGUCUUAUAUCCAGUCACAUAUAUAUGAGAAUAUCUAAAGAAGUGCCUUUUUCAUUCAUAUGAAAUUAUGUAUGUCAUUUCCUUAAGGUGGAGAGAGAUGCCAGGUGGCGCCAUCACCAGAUGUGCGAACUUGUCAACGUGUCGAAUAUUGAGUGACCCAGGACCUUUUCCUAAACAAAGCCUUUUCAUGUUAACCUGGCUAACAGAAUACCUUGCUAUUAGCGUAAGCAAUCAGACAAGACUGUUUUCAGGCUUUAAUUAAUGAUGUCGGAGGCCUCCUGUGUUCUCUCUGAAAAGCCUUCACGUAAUGACCUUGUUUCUGUUAACUCUGCUGUCCUGUCUUUGGCUGUGUUCUCAAAUGAAUCAUUUGAAGAGCUCGUGUGCCUAAAGAUGUCUCCACAGAAAUUGGCGUGUUGGGUUCCAUUUUGCGUUUUUUUCGUUAUUUUCCAAAUUGUAGUAUGCAGAAAGUGGCGGUUUGGAAGUUUUUUUCCCUGGAAAGCCAAAGUUGCUGAGAUUUUUUUAAUUCUUAUAUCUAGUACAGUUAUGCUUUAUUUACUGACUGACUCAUACUGUUCACUUUGUGUCAUUCAGCAUGAUGUGGUAAAUCUUUAUAUCCAAACAAUGAUUCAGCUUUCAGGAUCAGUGUCCUAGAAACGUCUUGCAGUGGCGUGUUUUUACUGAAACGUCUCCUGAGUGUCAGGAGGAAAAGGUUUAAUAUUUAUUUAAAUGAGGUGAGGAAGGUGAGAGUGGACGUUCGGUGAGAGAGUGUUAAAUGAAAGUGUUCAUAAUGGUACAGUAGGUGGAUGAAAUACGUUAAGUCGUUUCCAGGAAGUGGGUUUCAUGAUCGAUUGAUAUACUGGAAAUGUAACUGGAAGGACGAUUGCAAGUGUUGAAGUAGCAUGACGAGAUAAGUAGCAGCGAAGAAAGUGAAUGGAUAGGGGUUAAGUGUGCACUCAUUGUGCAACGAGAUCCUAAUGAUUGAAUGGAAAAAUUUUCGUGGAUGUCAGCGUUCGGCCGAGCGUUUCCGAGUUUUCGCAGCUCCAAUAAACCUCCCGCAUCAUUGAGUUGCAACCAGACCGCUGAAAAUGAUAAAUACCCAAACGACUGCAGGAAGUGCACAUAUCAAAUGUUGUUUCCCCCCGAAAAACAAACUGUCCAACAUCUGUAGGACAUCUGAAGGCAUUGUGUUCAACAGAGGUCCUGGGUACUGAGAGAAAUUAGACCCCCCCCUUUGUGUAUCGUAUCGUAUUGCAUUUUUUAAAAUUGCAUUGUAUUGUCAACUGGAUUCACAGUGAAGGAAUUAUACUAUGUUAGUAUUUCGUUUAAUUACAUUUCAGUUUUUGAUUCUCCAAAAUAUUGAAUCUUUAUUAUUUUUUAUUUUGUUUUAAAGGCAGAAACUUGGAUGCGGCAAUCAGUGAUUUGACUAGGGCCAACCUGAGCCCAUCUCCUCCCUUCAAAUUAUUGGCAUUAAUCCAUACGUUCAAUAAAAAAGCACCUUUCAGCAGCACAUUCAAUCCGCAGUAGUGUUCGUUUUCACAAAUUUUCCAAAACGCUUUCAUUUUAACAAUCUGGAAUGUGGAGAGGUCUUAUACGGAUUAAUCUGCUGAAAAUUCUGGACAUGACCGACACUAGAAAUCAUGCCAAAGUGCCACCGUGUUGCUUACGUACAUAAUUCAUCUCUGUCACAGAGUCAUACCAAAAAAAUAAAGAAGGAAAGAUAAAAAGCUAUGCAUUAGUCGAUGAGCCGCAAACAUGUUUUCUGCCAAACUGGAAUUUACUGGUGCAUAUCUGUUAGUUAGCAGAAAGUCUACUUAUAGGAAAACUUGACUGGAUAUUGUUAUUGACAACAAGAAGAUGGUAUUAUUAUAAUUAUUAUUAUUAUGUUAUUUAAGUAUUAUUUUUGUUACAAUCCAUUACUGUUGUUGGCUAAAGCCACAAUAAUCAUUUAAAUUUUUAAUUUUUAUUGAUUUUAAAUACCUGGACUGCCAAGGUGUUUUUGUUGUUGUUGUUGUUUACGUGCCUUUGCCUUUUAUGAUAACUUUAAUUUUUUUUUUAAAUAAAAGUAAUUAUAGCAAUCGUGUUUUUAUACUCUAUUUAUUUUGGUAGUGAAUCCAUUUCGGGUUGAUGUAACGCCACUUCACGCCUCGCCUAUGAUUGUGUGGGUGUUUAUAUACGAAGACGUGCUGACCUGGAAGGACAGGGAGGGGAAGGAGAGCGAGAGGGAGUGAAAGGGUGUGGAAUGCAGUGGUUUCAUGCUGGGUUUUUUUAUGUUGGUUUGGAGAGCGAGCUGAUAACGGCCUGUAUUUUUAUUCUGUGAAAGUUAAAGUGGUCAUCGUCCAUCGGGAUAAAACCAUGCCGCUGUAAAAUCAACUCGGUUAAUAAAUGGAUCAUGUAACUUG